AGACGCGGAGGCAGACAAGAUGGCGGCGGCGGGUGCACAGGGUGCGAGAAGUGGUGGCGGCGGAGGCAGUAGUGGGGCUGGCGGUGGCACCAGCUGCGGGACAGGCAGUAGCCGCAGCGGCUUAUUGGAUAAGUGGAAGAUUGAUGAUAAGCCUGUAAAAAUCGACAAGUGGGAUGGAUCAGCCGUGAAAAACUCUUUGGAUGAUUCUGCCAAAAAGGUACUUCUGGAAAAAUACAAGUACGUGGAGAAUUUUGGUCUAAUUGAUGGUCGCCUCACCAUCUGUACAAUCUCUUGUUUCUUUGCCAUCGUGGCUUUGAUUUGGGAUUAUAUGCAUCCGUUUCCAGAGUCCAAGCCUGUUUUGGCUUUGUGCGUCAUAUCCUAUUUUGUGAUGAUGGGAAUUCUGACCAUUUAUACCUCAUAUAAGGAGAAGAGCAUCUUUCUUGUGGCCCACAGAAAAGAUCCUACAGGGAUGGAUCCUGACGAUAUUUGGCAGCUGUCCUCCAGUCUCAAAAGGUUUGAUGACAAAUACACCCUGAAGUUGACCUUCAUCAGUGGGAGAACAAAGCAGCAGCGAGAAGCCGAGUUCACCAAGUCCAUUGCUAAGUUUUUUGACCACAGUGGGACACUGGUCAUGGAUGCAUAUGAACCUGAAAUAUCCAAGCUCCAUGACAGUCUUGCCACAGAAAGAAAAAUAAAAUAGCCAAUUCUAAAAGCAGCCCUUUUUCUGCUGGAUCAUGCUGAAUUAUCGGGUAGGGGGAGGGAAGAAACAGAGAACUUAAAAUGGGUAAAGUUAACAAACGUUAAAAAUGUCCCUGUUUUGGGCCAGCCCCGUGGCUCACUCAGGAAAGUGCGGCGCUGGUAGCGCUGAGGCCGCGAGUUUCGAUCCUAUAUAUGGAUGGCCGGUGUGCUCACUGACUGAGCGUGGUGCAGACGGCACCGAGCCAAGGGUUGUUGUGAUCCCUUUACUGGUCAAAAAAAAAAAAAGUCCCUGUUUUGUCCUGAAAUUUUAGUCCAUUCUGGGUAUGUAGGAUUUUCUAGCACAGAAAGGAGAAGUUGUAGCUUUGAUGUCUAGCUGUAGCCUCAUUGGUCUGCUAAUUGCAUUAUUUUGAUUUGCUUUUCUGGAAAAGCAUUUUUGCUAAAAGAUGUACAGACAUUUUUUUUCCUACCUAGCAGUACUCUAUAUAGUAUAGCUUUGUGCCAUGCAGCAUUUGAAGACUUAGGUUUAAAAAAUUAUUAACCUGUUGCUGACUUUGUGUUAAUUCCUGUUUCAGCAGCUGUUUCCCUGAAGAAUUCAGGAUGCAACUUCUGUGUGUGACAGUUUUCUUUCACACACCAUUUUUGUGGGUGUGUAUAUGUCUGACUUGGGGAGAAUUUAAAAAAAAAAACAACACAGCUUUCUAACUUGUUUAAAACAGACUUUCUGCCUGUUACAUUUUGCGCUCUUAAACAAUUAAAGAAGCCAGUAGCAUUUUUAGUUUUAUAUUGUGUUUCCCACUAGUAUAUCCCCUGUUGAUUUGUUUGUUCCCUUUAUUAACCGCCAUUUUCUAAAAAUUUUUCUCAAUAAAAGGAAAGAAGAUGUAAAAAAAAAAAUGGAGUUGUAGUCUUGAUGGAAGGAACUAACACUUGCUGUGUUAGCGGUCUUACUACUUAUAGGUUCCUUUUGUUUCUAGGCUGUCUUACUGGUCAGAGGCCCCUGAGGAACGCAGUGAUAACAAUAACAAUGCUCAGUACGUCCUUUGUGCCAGGAAGUGCUCCAUGUACUUUACAUGUAUUAAUUCACUAAACCCACAACAAUCCUAAGAGGAACCUGAGACACAAAAGUUGAGUAAUUUGUCACACAGCUAGUGAUAUAAUUGGGACUUAAGCCUGAGUAGUCUGGCUCCAGAGUUUGUGUUCCUGCAGAAACAAAACAACAUCUUUUCCAGAAUUUUCCCACUGUGGUCAGAGAACUGGGCCUAGGUCCUGUGACUUUUAGAAAUAUUGUCCCUCCAGCCUUACAAAAAUGCAAUUCCAGCGGAACCUAGUACUCAAAACUAUAUUCAACUUCUAAGAAAUCACCCUUUACACAUUCCCUGUUUGACAUGGGAAUGUUGCCCUAUCUAGCACCACACAGUGGGGGAUUGUGGAACAACACUGGACAAGAAGUUGAAGCCUCGGAUUCUAUACUUUUCAUUUCUACAAGCCCUGGGUAAAUCACCAAAUUCCUCAGGCUUCUAGUUUCCUCUUAUUUUUUAUUUAUUUAUUUUUUUGUUUGAUAAUCAAAUUUUGUGAGCUACUGAAAGCUUUUGAAAGUGUAAUUGGAUAAUUGUAUGUUUACAAUGGAAGAGUUACUGUUAGACACAGAGGCACCAAGUCUUGUGGAUGUGGACAGUAACCCUCUCCGUGAUGACCCUUUGAGGUUCCUUCACACGAGGUAUGCCAUUUUCUCUACAUAUACAAACAUAUAUCUUCACAUAUGCUUUUUUUAAAACAAAAAUUGAAUUGUGUUGAUAUAUGUCCUGUAAUUUGUUUUUUAAACUUAAUAUUUCUUAGGUGCUUUUCCUGUAAGUGUAUAUAUAGGUCAAACUCAUUUUUAAUAGCUGCAUAAUACUCCAUAGUAUAAACGUUUUUCAUUUAACUAUUUCCCUAUCCAUAGAUAAUAAUUUUUUCCUCGAUUUAUUACUAUCCCAAGAGGACUUGUAGUUAGGGAGAGGGGAAAAAAUGGUCUUUCUGUGAGAGACAAAAGACCUGGGUUGUUUCCAGCUUUAUUGUAAUGUGUUUGUGACCUUGGGAAAAUCCCAUUCAUUCUGUAGGGUGAAUUUUCUUAACUUGUUAAAAAGGUUUUAGAGAAUGUAUCCUUUUGAGAUUAUGAAGAUUCCUUACUCCCCAGAAAUGCCUAUAUAUAUAGAACAUCCCUUGUGAUUCUGAAGAAUGUGAGUGCCAUAAUCCCUAAAAUCUGCCCAUAAACCCCACAUUGAGACUUCUUGGACUGCAUGGAUCUCUUAAGGUUUUUCCUUGACUCCAGAAGCCAGUAUAAACUGUUUAGAUUUGUUAAGGAAGCGGGCUAUCCACCUAGCCACAUGUUGUGAUUGGUCCCCCCCAACCUUUGCACUUGUGGCAUUUUAGGAUGAACAAAAAAAUACCCUCUGCAGGCUCAAGCCUCAGUCCAGGCACACCUUGUAAGGCUACAGAGUGCCUCUGGCUGUUUUUUGACACAUCUCCCCAGUGGUCACUCCAGCCUGUGCUCUUUACCCUCUGUAGGUCUGCAGCACCCUUGCCACCAGGAAACCCUGACACCCAUCACAUUGCCCUCCAGGUUCUCAAUUCCUCAUACCUACUUCGGAUGGACUUAAGUCUCCCAGAACAGAGAGGACUACUGAGGAGAGUGGGGAAACAUUGCUAAUGUUUUUCAUUAUUUGCAAAUUUCACCUGCUAAUGUAUAUUUAAUGUUUGUAGUGCUUUUAUGUAUUUUUAGUAGGAGUCUUUUUUGCUUCAGAACAAUCUUAGGGAAUGAAAGAAGAUGCAAAGGUUCUUAGUAUACACACAAGUUGUAUUUUUCUUUUUCUUUUUUUUUUUUUUUAAAGAUGACUGGUAAGGAGAUCUUAACCCUUGGCUUGGUGUUGUCAGCACCACGCUCAACCAGAGAGCUAACCAGCCAUCCCUAUAUAGGAUCCGAACCUGUGGCCUUGGUGUUAUCAGCACCGCACUCUCCAGAGUGAGCCAUGGGGCUGGCCCUGCAAGUUGUAUUUUUCUCUGGGCCUGAGUUUCUCAGUUUAGAUCCCUUUCUCUCGCUAACUCUCUCUACCUUAUCUUCACCCCUGGCUAGCCCCACCCUGCACCCCAAACCUUCCUUUCAUGAUUGAAAUCAUCAGGGAAAACUGUGAGUAUCACAUUAAUAAAAAUUUUUAUAGAAUAUAUCCUGUCCUACUGGCAACCUCUUGUUAUUAAGUAGGAUAUCCUUAACAACCCGACCUGAAACACAUGUGCUCAGAUGUUUCCUCUGAUAUCCUACCUUUUUUUUUUUUAAAUGCCAUGGGCUCAUUUGACAUUCUGAUGUUUUCUAUGGCCCCUUUCUCAGACUAAUGCCUGUUAAUGAGGAACUGGGGAGGUUGUUGCAGGCUCUUGAGUACUGGGAAAUAAGUUAAAAGACUGUUGCUCAAAAGGAGCCCUGGUUGUUGCUUACUCUCCUCUGAGCAGGAGCACUUCCUUAGUAAUCUGGCAAUCAGUCCCGGGUCAGCCCCAUUUUAACUACUGGUACUAAUACUCUUCCUGAUAGGUAGCGGGUUUCUCUUCCAUUCAGACAGCAGUUACAGAGACAUGCACUUACAUGAGCAUGAAAGGAAGGAAAUUCCCUACUGCUAUGGGCAGAAACCAGAUGAACUGUUAGAACAUUGGCUGAUUUGCUUAGGAGAUGAGGGAUUCGGGGUACAUGAUGCUUGUUAAGGAUGAAUGGCAACUGGUGGGCUGUCUUACAGCCAAUCUCCUCCUGAAGUCUGUCAUGCCAGCUUUAGACCCAUGCAGACACAACAGGAAAGGACCUGGAAUUUUUUGCAGUGGGUCUUGGCUACUAUAAAGGAGCUUUGGCCCUUUUGGAGAGAUUUCCCUGUAACAGACAAACUCUUCUGGGGAACCCAUGAUGAGGACUGAACAGUAUUCAGACUCUUGGUGCCUUGGAUUUGGUUUAUAAUGCUGUCGAACGUGACCCACUGGACAAAGAGAAACUGUUGGGAGUGGCAAUCUGCCAUGAGUCCUGAGAAUCCCUGCAUGUUCUAACGCAAUACCCUAACCACUCUCUUCCUGGACUGUACUUGUGUGUUCUGUCGCAGGUAGUAAGCUACCUUGAGAUGAGAAGUCUUGCCUGUUGCUCGCUACAAAAGUGUUGAAUCUCCCAAGCUCGAGGUCUGCAUGUGUAGGCAUCAUGUAGGCCUACCCUGUGGCACUUUAGGGAGUGGGGGCUAUGGGGAACUGAUUCAACCAUCAUGCUCAUGUGCUUGUGAUACC